AAGCUGCGCAAUGGAUCUGUAGUUGGCGUACCUCCGAGAGGCGACCCGCCAUGAGCGUUGAAACAGAAAAAUACUGCACCGUCCUCAUUCACUAUGAGAAGGGCGUGCCGCCGACCUCAGAAGAGCUUGCCAAGAAGUUGGAGAGCAAGAAGGAGACGGUGCAGGCGGAGGCCCUCGAAGAGCUUGUGCUGCUGAUGAUCAACGGCGAGUCGUACCCAAAGCUGUUGAUGACGAUCAUCCGUUUUGUGGUCACUAGCCGAGACCAUCGCGUGAAGAAGCUUCUCACGAUCUACUGGGAGAUUGUGGAGAAGACCAAGGACAACGGGGACCUGAAAGAGGAGAUGAUCCUCGUGUGCAACGCCCUGCGCAAUGACCUGAUGCACGCCAACGAGUAUGUGUGCGGCUCAACCUUGCGGUUAUUGUGCAAGAUGAAGUACUACAGGAUCCUCGAGCCUCUGAAGGAGGCGGUGCUCAGGAAUCUGGGCCAUAGGCAUUCCUACGUCCGCCGAAACGCUGUGAUGUGCGUCUUCUCCAUCGUCAAGAGCUUUGGCGUGGAGGUUUUGCCUGAGGCCCCGGAGGAUAUCGAGCAGCUGCUGCUCGUGGAGGGGGACUUGUCCACCAAGCGCAACGCUUUCCUCAUGCUCGUGAACUGCGACCAGGAGAGAGCCAUCAAGUAUGUGCUGAGCUUGCAAGACCAGGUGAGUUCCAUGGGGGACAUUUUCCAGCUGGCGGUUUUGGAGCUGGUGCGGAAGGUUUGCCGCUCGACGUCGGUGAACAAGGGUAGAUUCCUUCGGAUCGUCUUCGAUCUAGCCGCCUCGUCGUCGACAGCAGUGUCCUACGAGUGCGCCUCCAGCCUGGUGACCUUGUCCUCGUCGCCGGUGGCCAUCCAUCAGGCUGCGCAGGCCUAUGUCCAGCUACUCACGGAGCAGUCUGACAACAACGUGAAGCUCAUCGUCUUGGACCGCUUGCGGGACGUGCAGAAACACCACAAGCAGGUCAUGGAGGGCAUGGUCAUGGACAUCUUCCGCGCCCUCACUUGCCCUUCUCUGGAUGUGCGGAAGAAGGUGAUGGACAUUUGCCUGGGCUCCUUGGUCAGUCCCCGGAACAUCAAGGACGUUGUCGCUCUGCUGAAGAAGGAAGUGAUCAAGACCCUGGGCUACGAGGCCUCCAACACCGAGGGCAACCUGGAGUACCGGCGCCUGCUGAUCCGAGCCCUCCAUGCCUGCACAGGUCAGUACCCCGACCAAGCCCAGAGCGUGAUGUUCCUGCUGAUGGACUUCCUCACCGAGUCCGAUCAGACCACCGCCACGGAAGUAGUGAUGUUCCUCCGGGAGCUGAUUGCGAACUACUCCGACAUGCGCAUGCCCAUCCUCCAGCGCUUAGCGGAAUGCGUGGGCGACGUGUCGCAGAGCCGGGUGCUGCGUGGCUGCCUGUGGCUCUUCGGCGAGUACUGCGAGGACGAGGCCCUCAUCUUGAGCGUCAUCCAGGCGGUGCUGGCGGCCUUGAGGCCUCUGCCGCUGGCAGUGGAGGAUGGUGCCAAGGACAAGAAAGAGGCCGCCGGGGACAAGAAGGAGAAGAAAGCCCCAAAGAUCACCACCAAGACGGUGGUCUUGGCGGACGGCACCUACGGCACGCAGAACGUGUACGAGGGCGGCGAAGGGGAGGAGGAAGAGGUGGAGGACAAGGGCAAGACCGACACCAAGAAGACGGCCUUCCGGACUCUGCUUUUAGGUGGAGAUUUCCUGCUCUCGGCCAUGGUUGGAGUGUCCUUGACCAAGCUCUGCAUCAAGCUGAAGAACCUGCCGGUGGCCCUGCGCAAUGAGGUGCUGCUGGUCAUCGUGAACAUCUUCAAGUUGGUGAAGCAGCAUGUUUGCGGCGGGGAGAAGUGCGACAGCGCGGUGCGGCUGAGCCAAUGCAUCCGGGCCUUCGCCGUGAUGGGCAACUCCCAGCUGCCGCCGCCGCAGCUGGCCGCAGCGCAGCUGGUGCAGGGGGACUGGGGCGCCGCCCAGGGGCGAGGGCAGCUGGCCAAGGUCUUGGAGUUGGCGGCGCAGAACUCCGAGUGGGCGCUGGGCCAAGAGGAGGAGGUGCAGAACAACGCCCUACGAGACACGUCGCCUUGCAGACCAACCAUCAAGCAAGUGCCUGAGCAUAGGGAGAGGAAGGGAGGAGCUGGGCCCGCAGGCGGCAUGGACGAUGACGAGGACUUCCACGCCGCGCGGGGCGCCUCCAUGGCACAGGCGGCCGCGGAUGGCGCGCUCUUUGCGGAGCGACUGGCCAAGGUCCAGCAGAUGACUGGCCUGGCGGACCCGGUCUAUGUGGAGGCCUUUUUGCAGGUGCACUCCUUCGACCUGAUGCUGGAGCUGCUCGUGGUGAACCGCACCAACGAGACGCUGCAGAACGUCCUGGUGGAGCUCAGCACCCAGGGCGACCUCAAGCUUGUGGACCGGCCUUCGGCGGUGACGCUGGCCGCAGGUCAGCAGAUGACUCUGCAUGCCUCCAUCAAGGUGGCCUCCACAGAGACGGGCAUCAUCUUCGGCUACGUCACCUUCGAGAAGAAGAGUGCCGCAGACAAGGAGUGCUCCGUGCUGAACGAGUUGCACGUGGACAUUUUAGAUUACAUUGAGAGAUCAUGGAUCAACGAGUUGGCCUUCCGCACGAUGUGGUCGGAGUUUGAGUGGGAAAACAAGGUGAACAUCAACACCUCCAUCACCGAGGUGGGCACCUUCUUGGAGCACAUCAUGCGAAACACCAACAUGUCCAUCGUGGGCAGAAGCUACAAGAAGACCGGUGACAACAAGACCCAGAAGAAGGGCAAACUGACUGCAGAAGACGUGCAGGACAUGCUGAAGGACGCCGUUGGGAUCAAGAAGCUGAUCGACACCUCGAGCUUUGUGGCGGUGAAUUUAUACGCCAAGUCCAUCUUCGGUGAGGAUGCUCUUGCGAACAUCUCCAUCGAGAAACUCCCAGAUGGCAAGUUGACAGGCAGCUGCCGCAUCCGGUCGCGGACCCAGGGCAUCGCCCUGUCGUUGGGGGACCGCAUCACCAUCGUGCAGCGGGGUGUCCAGGCUUCGAGAGAAUGAGGAAGCUCCAGCCGAACUCGGCUACCACUUGGUCUCUGGCCAUCGCCCUUCAAAAAUGCAGCGGAGUGGACGGCGAGGUGAGGACAUAGCAGACG